UCUAGAAGAAGCAUUGAAAUAACAGAGAUAUAAUAUUUAAAAAUCAACAUGGAUAGUCUGAAACAUCAGAAAUUAGAAGAGGAUCAACCUUAUGAUGGGGCCAUACAGCAAAUUACACCAGCUCCAGAGCAUUUUGUACCCCAAGGAAUGCUAGAUUUCGAAAGAAAAGACGAAAUUAAAGUGGUCUCGAAGCCCCAUAGAAGGAGAGGGCUCGCAGCGUUACUCUAUUUCGGACUCCAAGGGACUGUAUUAUUUGGGUUAUUACUUAACUACGACCUCUUUAGUGGAUUCUCUAAUUUAGUCUUGUGGAGUCUCACCAUUGUCACUUUUGUUGCAUAUUUCAGAGUUUCAUUCUCAAACCCUGGAUACUAUGAUGGAAAUGUCAUUAUUCUUGAAGACCAUGAGAACGAACUUAAUGAGUACGACAUAAAAGCAGCUAAGGAAGAGAAACCUAAAGACAAGAAGAAAACUGUAAAGACUUCGGUGCUUACCAAAGGAUUUGUGAAGCAUUCCAGAAUGGUAAAGUCUAACCAAGGACUUGCAGAAGCCUCACGCCACAUCAGGACUAAUUCACUUGGAAGUACCAUAAUGACCCAGACUAAUCAAUAUAAUUCUAACAAAGGGUAUGCCAGACUGAGUGAUCACACUCUGAAAUCUGGAGAUUUUAGCAAGAUUAGAACCGAGAUGGAAGAUCUAGAUUUUUCUGAAACGAACCAUUUCACUGGAAAAAGUCAUCACCGUCGUAAAGCUAGUUUAAUUAAGAAGAUAGGAGCAAUUCAUGCUUCGAACCUCAGUGAGUUAGACUCGCAAUCAGAUAUCAACCAGGAGAAAAGCAAAGCCUUUAACCUUAUUGCUGAUAGGAUUGCUAACAGUAAAGCAACCGUUGAAACAGAGCAAGUUGCUCCUUCAACUCCUCCAGGCCACGAUACAAAUGGAACGUUUCACAGGAGGACCAACUCAAACGAGGAUGAUGACAAGGGUGUCUUCAAGUCUUUCAAGGAUGGAGAUGAGCACACGGAGAACAAGCAGAUCCCUCUCGCUUCUAAUGCCAUCACCAGCGACACUGAUAAUUUGGCAUCUAAUACCCAGGGAGGUGUCAAACGUAUUCUUGACGAACCGAAGGAUUUCGAAGCGAUUAAAGAAGUAGAUGAAAAUAAUGAAUCUUUUGACGCUAGAAAGCAUUUUGAUGAGAUUUAUGAUUCUAAGCCACCUGUUCCAGAGGUCAACUUUCAUAAGAGGAUUGUUAGUGACGGAGAUUAUGCUAUUGAUUUUAAGAGACAGCAUUAUGGAAAUAAACUCCAAGAAACAGACUCUGCUGAUGAUGAGAAGAAUGAAGACACUUGUGAAGGGGAUUUAGAAGCAAAUGAUAUCCAUAUGAUCUCAGUGGAUAACCGAUUUUGCAUUUCCUGCAAUGCGGAACAGCCUCUGAGGACGAAGCAUUGCAAAUCCUGCAGGAAAUGUGUUUCUACAUAUGACCAUCAUUGUCCAUGGGUCGGAAAUUGAGUGGCUGAAAAAUAACAGGAGAUUUUUCUAUGUAUACGUCUGUUUACAAAUAGCUCAAGCUAUCUAUGGAUUGAUGUACACCAUCUACAUUAUGACUCAAAUCUCGUACGAUAGCUUUGGACUAGACAAAUUGAUGCUAUUUUUGUCGUUAUUUGGGGAGCUCUUCUUCACUAUCAUGUUAUCGUCUCUGAUAUCUUUCCACACUUAUUUGAUGGUGAAUAACUUGACAACCUGGGAAACCCUUUCAUGGAACAAGAUCUCACACAUGAAGGUGUGGCCGAGGAAGUACGGUUCCCCAUUUGACAAAGGGUAUAAAGAAAAUAUUAAGCUAUAUUUCUUGGGCCAUCACAAGAAGGGAGCUAUUAAGUGGCAAAUGCCAACCAGUCUCCCUUCAAUUAACCAAGGAGAGAAGAUGAUUGAGAAGAGAAAGUACUCUUACAUGUUUGAAAAAGUAUUCAUCAAGUGACAAUAAUUUUUAAUUCAACCUAAGUACAUAAACUC